AAACAAAAGAUCUCUUCUCAUCUCUCCCACCCCAUUUGUUGACCAUUUAAGAGGAUUUUGAAGAAAACCUCAAUCGCAAAAACCCAUAACUACACACAACACUCCCUCAUAAAAACUUCCGGAUUUAAUAAUCAGAGACAAAUAAAAAAUCAGAUCCCAUUUGUUCUUGGGAAAAAGUACUAAAUAUUGUUAUCAUUAAAAAAAAAAACUGGACUUUUCGUGUUUUGUGACGAUAUUUCAGAGUUUUGCGUUUAUGGUAAAUAACAAAUUAGAGAAGAGGUAACAUUUGAAAAUCUUAUCACUGAUUCUGAUUUCAACCAAUAAGAUUCCGGCGACUGAGAGAAUAGAGAUUUAAUAAUGAUGUACGGAGAAUCUUCUCAUAGACCUCCGAGAAUCAGCCACGUAUCCAAUUCCACCGGAGAUAUCGGCAGUGAUUUCGGAAGCAGCUCCGAUUUCGCCAAUUUCGCCAAUUACACCGUCACUGUCCCUCCGACCCCCGACAACAAUCCGGCUACUGUUCAAAUCGUUCUCCGAGACGAAUCCGGUUCAUCUUGCAAAGACGACGAAUCAGAUCAAACCGAUCUGAGAAUCGGUGAAGAAGACGAUGCCUUGCUCGACAAGAUAUCUCAACCUUUAACCCGUAUCGUCAAAAUCUCUCCGAUCAUCAUGGCUCUGUAUCGGGUUCUAAUAUUUGUUCGAAUCGCAUCUCUGUGUCUGUUUCUCUUAUGGAGAGUAAGGAACCCAAACAAUAAAGCAAUCUGGUUAUGGUUUCUCUCCGUAAUCUGCGAAAUCUGGUUCGCUUUCUCUUGGUUAAUCGACCAAAUCCCAAGGCUGUUUCCGGUUAACCACGGAACCGAUAUCGAAGCCUUAGAAGCAAAAUUCGAAUUGCCAAACCCGAAUAACCCAACCGGUAAAUCAGAUCUUCCUGGAAUCGAUGUCUUUGUUUCAACCGCUGAUGCAGAGAAAGAGCCACCAUUGGUCACAGCCAACACAAUCCUUUCGAUCUUAUCCGUUGAUUAUCCUAUUGAGAAGCUCUCUUGCUACAUCUCCGACGAUGGAGGAUCGCUUCUAACGUUUGAAGCAAUGGCUGAAGCGGCUAGCUUCGCCAAGAUAUGGGUACCGUUUUGCAAGAAACACAAGAUCGAGCCUAGGAACCCGGAGAGCUACUUUGGUUUGAAGAAAGAUCCUUACAAGAACAAAGUGAGACAUGAUUUCGUUAGGGAGAGACGGUAUGUGAAACGAGGCUACGAGGAGUUCAAGGUUCGUGUCAACUCCCUGUCUCAUUCGAUUAGACGGAGAUCGGAUGCGUUUAACAGCAAAGACGAGAUUAAAGCUUUAGAGAAAUGGAAAAACUGGAAGUUGAAUGACCAAGACGAAGAAUCAAGACCUUCUAUAGUAGCUCCUAAAGCUACUUGGAUGAGUGAUGGAACACAAUGGCCCGGUACUUGGUCCGUCCCUUGUACGAAUCAUUCAAAAGGCGAUCACGCUAGUAUUAUACAGGUGUUGCUUGAUCCUCCUCGUGAUGAACCGGUUAAAGGGAGAGGCGGUGCAGGGUACGCGCUGGAUUUCGAAGAAGUAGACAUUCGUUUACCGAUGCUUGUUUACGUGAGCCGAGAGAAACGGCCUGGUUAUGAGCAUAACAAGAAAGCAGGAGCUAUGAACGCUUUGGUGAGAGCAUCGGCUAUAAUGUCUAAUGGACCGUUCAUCUUGAACUUGGACUGUGACCACUACGUCUACAACUCUAGGUCCUUUAGACAUGGGAUCUGUUUCAUGAUGGACCGUGAUGGUGACCGAGUUUGCUAUGUUCAGUUUCCGCAGAGGUUCGAAGGAAUCGAUCCUUCUGAUCGCUACGCUAACAACAACACCGUUUUCUUCGACAUUAAUCUGAGGGCUCUCGAUGGGAUCCAAGGCCCGAUGUAUGUUGGGACGGGAUGUCUUUUCCGUCGAACCGCGCUUUACGGUUUCGACCCGCCUGACGUUUUUGUGGACGUUGAUCGGUCUGGUUGCUGCGGCUGCUGUUUCCCGCGGAAGCGGAAAUGCAACUCUGCAACCGUAGCUACUGAACCGGAGUACUACAUCGACGUUGAGGAUGACGACGAUACGGCCGGUUUGAUUCCGAAGCUAUUCGGUAGCUCUAGUAUGCUAGUGAAGUCGGUAAAGCUCGCAGCAUACCAAGGUAGGCCGUUAUCCACGGUUCAGUCUAGUGGACCGGGACGCCCGGUUCGCCCUCCCGGAUCCUUGACCGGAGGCCGAGAACCGCUCGAUUACGCUACCGUAAGCGAGGCGGUCAACGUGGUCUCGUGCUGGUACGAGGACAAGACGGAGUGGGGAAACAGCGUUGGAUGGGUCUACGGAUCCGUAACCGAAGACGUGGUCACCGGUUAUCGAAUGCACGAGAAAGGGUGGAGAUCUUUCUACUGCGUAACGGAGCCCGACGCAUUCCGAGGAACCGCACCCAUCAAUCUAACCGAUCGGCUCCACCAGGUUCUCCGUUGGGCCACUGGAUCAGUCGAGAUCUUCUUCUCCCGUAACAACGCCGCUUUAGCCGGUCGAAAACUGAAACUCCUCCAGAGAAUCGCUUACCUAAACGUCGGAAUCUACCCGUUCACCAGCAUUUUCAUCUUAACAUACUGUUUCCUCCCGCCGUUAUCUCUCUUCACCGGCCAGUUCGUCGUCGACAGCCUCAAACCAGCGUUUCUAGUUUACCUUCUGACGAUCUCUUUGUCUCUCUGUGGGUUAGCCGUUCUUGAAGUCAAAUGGUCAGGAAUCUCUUUAGAGGAAUGGUGGAGAAACGAGCAGUUCUGGUUAAUCGGCGGCACGAGCGCUCAUUUAGUAGCUGUCCUUCAAGGUCUUCUCAAGGUUAUCGCCGGAGUCGAAAUCUCCUUCACGUUGACUUCGAAAUCCUCGGGAGAUGAGGAAGACGACGAUUUCGCUGAUCUCUACCUGUUUAAAUGGACGUCUCUGAUGAUUCCUCCGUUGACGAUCAUAAUCUUGAACAUCGUGGCGAUUCUUUUCGCGUUUUGUCGGACGGUUUUCAGUGAUAAUCCGCAGUGGAGCAAUCUCGUUGGUGGUACGUUCUUCGCCGUUUGGGUUUUGGUUCAUAUGUAUCCGUUUGCGAAAGGAUUGAUGGGAAGAACAGGGAAAACUCCGACGGUUGUUUACGUUUGGUCGGGACUUAUCGCUAUUUGCUUAUCUCUUCUCUACGUUACCAUUAAGAACUCGGAGAUUGCUGGAGGUUCGUUUCAGUUCACUUAGAAGGUUUCAGAAGAAUGUAAAUACAUUUUUAUAUUCUUUAGUGUUGUGAGGAGAAACAGAGUGGUUGGUUAUUUAAGAAAACAGAGCAUACAAUUUUUUUUUGUUAUAAGUGUUUCCAUUGUUGUUUUCUGACUUUAAGUUUAUUAUUUUAGCUCUUAUGGGUUUUGAUUUUGUGAUAACUUUGUUGCUUUAUCGUUUCUGCAUCUAAUGGGUUUGGUUUCUUAGAUGUUAAUCUUCUUCAUAUUCUAAUGUUACUGCGUUCUUGAAUGUUGU